AUGGAAAGACUUCUAGCAAAGCUCUCGCCCAAGCCGCAGUCGACAACCCCGAAGUAUCCUGUAGAUCAAGAUUUCAUUGCGGCUUUGCCAGACAAGCAGGAUUUGCUUAGAACUUCCAAUCACACGUUUCCCUACCACAGAAUUAUUUCAGGAGACGAGUCAGGGCUAAUCAAAACGUCAAGUAUUCAGCGGUUUAGGGACGUCUCGCACUCGGUCGAUGUUGGCAAAGCAGACAACGUAUCGGUCGAUAUGUGCGAGGUACUACGUUUAAAGCAAGAAUUGCUUGUCGCUAAUUCCAAAAUCGCCCUCCAGGAGCAGGAACUGGCCCAGACACGCGUGAUUAAACAUACCUUAGACCAGGCACUUGGGCCACCUUCUGAAACCGAUUUCAAUGGAGACAUCACGGAACAAACGAUAAGUAAUCUCCAGAGCGCCCUUAAUUCAUCCAACCCGGCAUAUAGCCAGUUUCAAGAUGGAUGGAAUGCUCAGGACGAUUCGCAAUCAGAUAUGUCUGAUGCGCUUUCCGCGGGGGCUUACAAUAGGUCUCGGGGAUACUGGAAUACUCCCACGCAGCAAGUGUGUAGUACGGCUCUUAGUGCCCCCAUUAUCGAAAGAUCAUAUGGCGAGCCUAUAACUUUGCCAAGUGCUACUUCACUUGGCGGAGAUUCGAACCGGUUUUGGGAUAACUCAGGCACGAAUACCAGUGUACCUGGACACGAUGCUUUACGAUCCCAUCGUGUGUUUUCAGGGCCCUCCAGUGGGGGUUACACCCUCGACACCAAACUCCCGGAAGAACAGGUGAGGUUUCUUGAAGGACCCGGCCUUGGGCCUCGCCGUUCGAUCACUCAAGCCAGCCGCAAUGGGCCUUAUUUUCAGCCACAAAGCUCUGCUUGGAGUGCAUUUACCCCUGGCUCUUCGGAUCCACAUGGUCCUAGAUCUCCUGUGAAUAGAUCCAAUAACACCUACCAACAUGUUGGUCUGUUUCCCAUCCCUCAAUACCAUCAGCGGCCGGUUGGAACACCACUUUCACCCACGGCGACUGAGUUCACAGCUUCCAACCCUAGUGCAACGCAAUGGUCAACUUCUGUGGCGGGAGGAAACACCCAUCAAACAUACAUCUCUCCCCUCGAGCCAAUCAACUACCGACGGCUCCUCGACAGGAAUGUCUCUUGUGAUUGGAAAUAUAUCGUUGACAAAAUUGUUUGCAACAAUGAUCAACAAGCGUCAAUAUUUCUGCAGCAGAAGCUGAAGGUAGGGACCACAGAGCAGAAAUAUGAUAUCAUAGAGGCCAUAGUACACCAAGCCUAUCCCCUGAUGGUCAAUCGGUUUGGCAACUUUCUUGUGCAACGAUGCUUCGAACACGGGACUCCAGAGCAAGUCGUGUCAAUCGCUAAUGCGAUCAAGGGAAACACGUUAAGCCUCAGUAUGGAUCCCUUUGGCUGUCACGUCAUACAGAAAGCGUUUGAUUGUGUUCCCGAAGAACAUAAGGCAGUCAUGGUCCACGAGCUUCUACGCAGAAUUCCAGAAACUGUCAUUCACCGGUAUGCCUGCCAUGUCUGGCAAAAACUCUUCGAAUUACGUUGGAGUGGGGAGCCACCCCAGAUAAUGACCAAAGUCAACGAAGCACUGCGAGGGAUGUGGCAUGAAGUCGCCUUGGGUGAGACAGGGAGCUUGGUAGUCCAGAAUAUCUUCGAAAACUGCGUCGAGGAUGAGAAGCGUCCAGCGAUCGAAGAAGUGCUAGCGAAAAUUGAUGUGCUUGCACACGGUCAAUUCGGAAACUGGUGUAUCCAGCAUAUCUGUGAGCAUGGUGCUCCUCAGGAUAAGAGUCGUGCAAUAGAGCACAUUAUUCUUUGGUCUGUGGAUUAUAGCAUGGACCAGUUCGCCUCCAAAAUUGUAGAGAAAUGUUUGAAGAUAGGGGGUACUGAGUUUUUGGACCGCUACCUUGCUCGAGUUUGCACCGGACGAACUGACCGUCCUAGAAUGCCUCUGAUUGACAUUGCUGGGGACCAGUAUGGAAACUACCUAAUCCAAUGGAUCUUGAUGAAUGCUGCACCACAUCAGCGUGAGCUGGUUGCCAGCCAUAUUCGGAAACACAUGGUAUCUCUCCGGGGUUCCAAGUUUGGUUCACGUGUGGCCAUGCUCUGCUGCAAUCCCUCCCAUGCAACUCGCCCAGGACCAGGUUCUGGGAUGCCAAUCAGUCGCUAUGGUAAUUUCAAUGAGGACAGGUUCCCGAUUGCCGGACAGCAUGGAGGCCGUUUCAGCCGAGGGAACCAAUGGAGUCCUAAUUAUCCACCAUUUCGCUGA